AUGAAUAUGUUGGAUGAUGAAGAUGACCAAAGCUUUCACGCUACGCGUGACGGCUACUCCCAUUUGAGCGAUGUCGAAUGGGAUGCGGUUGAACGGAUGGGUCCAACCAUGGGCAUCCAUGCUGUUAGCGUCAUGCUAGAGGCUCUCAAUAGAGAUGCCCAACAUGCUACUAUCGCCAAGUUCAUUCAAAAUGAACUUAACGCUGAACGCGAGAAAGUAGCCUUGCUUCACCAACAAGGUUCUCAACAAGCAGAUUUGUUGAGAGAACAGGGUGCUCAACAGUUUGAACUGUUGAGACAGCAGCAGGCUGCUGCUGGCGGGUCGAUGCACUCGCGUCGACCCGAGAUUGACAUCUCUAAGUUUAGGGGAGUCGAAGAGGACUCCCCUUGA